AUGUGUGUUGACUACCGAGCAUUGAAUGCAAUCACAGUUAAGGACAGAUUUCUGAUUCCAACAAUAGACGAGCUCCUUGAUGAAUUGCUUGGUGCUACAGUGUUUAGUAAGCUGGAUCUUCGUAGUGGUUACCACCAGAUUCGUAUGAAGAAGGAAGACGUGUACAAGACUGCCUUCCGCACUCAUGAAGGACAUUACGAAUUUUGUGUAAUGCCAUUUGUCCUCACAAACGCUCCAGCCACCUCAUCAAUGGAUAUUCAUGUGGUUCACUUGGAGCAAGCCCCGCUCUGUUUAAAAGAUAAUCAGUUCUUUUUAAAACUUAGCAAGUGCGAGUUUGGUCUUCCGGAAAUUUCUUAUUUAGGCCAUGUGGUUUCUGCCUUUGGAGUCAAGGCUGACCCAAAAAAGUUGGCAGUCAUGUUGGAUUGGCCUCAGCCACGCAGUGUGAAACAGCUAAGGGAAUUUUUGGGCCUAACCGGUUAUUACCGGCGUUUUGUUCAUGGUUAUGCAACCAUAGCAGCUCCCUUAACUGAUAUGCUCAAGGGUGAAGAGAUGGCAUGGUCUGAACUAGCAAAGAAUGCUUUUGUUCAAUUGAAGGAGGCAAUGUCUGUAAUUCCAAUACUUGGGCUACCUGAUUUUAGUUCACAAUUUAUUGUAGAAACUGAUGCAUCUAAUACUGGUGUUGGGGUUGUUCUCAUCCAAGCAGGUAGGCCUAUUUCAUUUUUCAGCAAGAAGCUAGGUCCCCGGUUGGCUGCCGCCUCCACGUAUGGUAUGUUAUUUCAUUUAGGCAAGUUCUAUAUUAGUUCCAAUUCCAAUCUUAAACAAGUAUUGAUGCAUGAAGCUCACGGUUCACCAAUGGGAGGUCAUGCAGGAGCUCUUCGAACAUUUCUACGUCUCUCAACAUCAUUUUCUUGGCUUCCUAUGAGAAGGGAAGUGACUGAGUAUGUCAAGCACUGCCUUACCUGUCAACAAACUAAAACAUCGACCCAAGCUCCUAUGGGGUUGUUGCAUCCAUUGCCAGUUCCUGAGGCAGUAUUUGAGGAUUUAACAAUGGAUUUUAUUACGGGCUUGCCAUCUUCACAAGGGUUUUGUACAAUUUUGGUGGUAGUGGAUCAUUUAACGAAGUAUGCUCAUUUUGGACCAUUGGCAACUUCUUUCACAGCAGCUUCUGUUGCAGCACUAUUUUGCGAAAUGGUGAUCAAGUUACAUGGCUUCCCACGUUCUAUAGUGUCGGACAGAGACACAAUUUUUGUCAGUCAGUUUUGGAGAAAACUUUUUCAGUUUAGUGGCACCAAACUCAACAUGUCUUCGGCCUACCACCCACAAUCUGAUGGGCAAUCUGAGGCCUUAUAUGGACGCAUACCUCCCACAAUCCCACACUACCCUCGUGGUCUUGUUAAGAUUGAAGCCUUGGAUACUAUGCUGGUUCAGAGAAAUGAAUUGUUGCAUGCUCUUAAGUCACACUUGAUUCAAGCUCAAAAUAGGAUGAAGAACUUGGCUGAUAAGAAGCGUAAGGACCAUUCGUUUGCUGUGGGAGAUUUAGUAUUGGUACGUUUACAACCACAUAGACAAGUACCUGUAGCACGUCGUGCCAAUCACAAGCUGGCUAAACGUUUCUUUGGACCAUUUCCAAUCCAAAAGGUUAUUAGUGUUGUUGCCUACCGUUUAGCUCUGCCACCAGAGAGUAGAAUUCAUCCCACAUUUCAUAUUUCUGCCUUGAAGCCCUUCCAUGGUUCGAACACUGUUGGGUUCUCUCCUCUGCCUCUUGACAGCAUUGAUAAUUGA